UCAUAUCGUUUUCAUAAAAUAAAAUGAGAGAUGUCUUCUUGUAUGAUAUGAUAUCUUGUGAAAUAACCCUUUAAAGAUCACUUUUUAAAAAUCAAACUUCUUUGAACAUUCCAUUGCCAAAACGAGUUUGCAAAUCUAAAGGGUUCACAAUGGCAUCUUACCAUGCUUCUCAUGAGUCUUAUCAACCACCAGGUCCGUCGCCAUUGUACCAACCGAUGAUAGAGGCUCCACCGCCACCGUAUCCACCAACGAGAACAAGAUAUCAAGACUACUACGGUGGCUACGGUCAGCCUCAUCCCCCACCGCUGCGUCCAUAUAGAUCAGAUGAAUACUAUAGAGAAGGAGAAUAUGUUGGUUGCUUUCCUUUUCUCAGAAGCUGUUUGACGACGCUAUGUUGUUGCUGGUUCGUGGAACAGUGCUGCUUUCGAACUCGUUAUUAAUUCUACUAUGUCAUGAGACUGUUACUCUCUAUGAUUUUACGUUUGAUCUGCUUUAUGUGUUGUGUUGGGCAAAUUAGAUUCUUGUGUUCUAAUAAU